AUGGGAAAUGCAUGUUGCCAUAACUAAGAGAUAUAUUAACAUUAAUUCUAGAAUAAUAAUUCAUAAAUCAUGACAACUAUCUUAAAAUAAAAUGAUAUUUGGGAUUCAUCUUAAAAUGAUGAUGAUGAUGAUAAUAUUUCUUCUAUUAAACAAUAUAUAACUCCCAGUGCUGCAUCAAAAGUUGAUUUAGAUUUCUCUUAAGAUACUAAUUAAUCAAAAAUGAAAUAAACUAUAUAAUUACAAAGUACUAGGAAAUCAGUCAAGAUAAGUUAUAAUAAUUUUGUAACCAUGAAACAAGGAGAAUGGAUUGAAUAAUAUACUAUACUUAAAAAUUAGGAUAAGGAAGUUAUGGAAGUGUUUGGUUAGGAUAACAUAAAAAAACAGGUAUUUUGA